ACCUGGUCGGUCGCCUUUACCGUUGCUGGGUCGUCUUCUCUUUUUUGACUGUCGCAAACCUCCAUCCCAGUUUAACUUUCAAUCAUUUCAUCUCCUAACAACCACAAAUUUCCAUUUACCAUCUAUCAAGUUCCGAAGUCGCAUUCGCUGUUCCUCCCUUAACCCAAUUGACUUCAUCUUUUUAUCUGACACGCAUUCAGACCUGAUCCGCAAUGUCUGAAGCUACAGAGCAAACUGCGCCUGUCGUGGAUGAGACGGCCAAGGCCAUCGAAGAGCCCCAAGUUUCCCCUGAGAAGCCGGCUGAGGAGAAGCCAGCCGAAGAGACCGCGACCCCAUCCAUUGAUACUCUCGGUCCUUCUGAUGCCCAGAAAGCUGCCGACCAAGCAGAGUCCACUACCAUCACUCCCCUCAUCGGCACACCCAGCGUCGGCACACCCAACACCGACUACCUCAUCGCGAACGAUCAAGACCCCAACUCUAAAAAGGUCACAAUUGCCGACCUGUCAGCAAAGGGAUCUGCCCUGUAUGCCCACAAGAACUACGAGGAGGCCGCUGAGGUCUUCUCACGUGCCAGUGUUCUUCAAGCCGAAGUCAACGGCGAGACGUCACCUGAUAAUGCCGAGAUCCUUUUUCACUAUGGUCGCAGCUUGUUUAGAGUUGGCCAAAGCAAGAGCGAUGUUCUAGGAGGCCCUGCAGCUUCUGAGAAGAAGAAGAGCGCAGAGGCCAAGUCCAAGAAGCCUGCGCAGACCGAGGCACAGAAGGUGACGCAAGAAGGUGUCGGGAUUGUUGCCGAGCAGGGAGAGAAGAAGACUGAGGACAUCAAGGGAGAUAAGAAGCCCCUGUUCCAGUUUACUGGCGACGAGAACUUUGACGAGUCAGACGAGGAAGAGGCCGAGGGCGAAGGUGAAGAAGAGGAAGAUGAUGAUGACCUGGCUACUGCUUUUGAGAUCCUCGACCUUGCCCGAGUUUGCUUCAUGAAGAAACUCGAGCUUCUGGAACAGGAGGAAUCCGAGACCAGCGGCAAAGGCAAAGAGGCUGCAGAGGGCGAUUCGCCUACCGUCCGGCACGUGAAAGAGCGUCUUGCAGACACUCAUGAUGCCCUCGCUGAGAUUUCUCUCGAGAAUGAACGGUACACGCAAGCCCCCCCGAAUUUUCAGCUUUGUCCUAACCACAACACUCAUACAGAUAUCCCAAUGCCAUUGAAGACGGAAGAACCUCGCUCAAAUACAAGCUGGAGCUGUACCCUGAGGAGUCAGAGGUCAUUGCUGAAGCUCACUUCAAGCUUUCCCUGGCGUUGGAAUUCGCUUCUGUGACAACUGCUGGUGACGAUGGCGCAAAUUCCAAGCGAGAGGAGAUGGACCAAGGUCUGCGAGAUGAAGCCGUCAAGGAAAUGGAGCUCGCCAUCAAGAGCUCAAAGCUUAAGCUACAGAAUAAGGAGGUUGAGCUGGCCACUAUGGCCUCCCCUGAGGAUAAUGAGCUGGCACGCAAAUCCAUCCAGGAGAUGAAGGAAGUCAUUGGGGACAUGGAGCAACGACUCGUCGAACUGCGCAAUGACCCCAUUGACGCCAAGGACAUUCUGGGUGCUGAUGCUGGACCCAUCGGUGGCAUUCUUGGAGCUGCUCUUGGCGAGUCUGCUGCCGAGACCAAGGCCCGUGUUGAUGAGGCUAAGAAGACAGCAACUGAUCUUAGUGGACUUGUCCGCAAGAAGAACAAAGACGAACCUGCCGCCGAGGAACCUGAAGCUGCACGCGCGCCUGAAGCGGAGACCAACGGCAAGCGAAAGGCAGAAGAGCCCGCUGAAGAUCCCGAGACCAAGAAGGCCAAGGUGGAAGCUUAGGGUCGAGGUCAAUGGUAUUAAUUGGCUACUAUUUCAGCGGGAAAAAUAACCCAGGAUGGAGUUCAGGGCAUUGUCACAUUGCGACGGAAGGAAAGGAACAGGACCAAAAGGAUGGGAAUUUUGAAGCAGCCAAAUGUUACUCUGAGUAUGUGGCAAAAUGUAAACCUACAGCUCUUUUGAUGUACGACUAGUUACGCGAUCGGGGACGCUCGGCACAAUGGGCGGAUUCAACAGGAAAGGUGUGAGCAUAACUCAUGAGUGAAGACGAGUACAAAACUUGAUCUUUUAUGCAUUAACCGAGUCACUCAAACAGGAAUCCACUGUGGACAUAUGAAACCUAUGCAACUAACAUGAAAAUGCGUUCUUAUGAAGAAUCGCUCGCGAGCCAUGC